AUGCCACACAAGAUACAGAACCAGAACCGGCGUCCUCCUACCUCACAACAGCCAUGGCAUCCAAUAGCAAAUGCAGCUAUGGUGACCGGUGAUUCAGCCACAUGGCUCCUGAACUCUGGAGCCUCACAUCAGAUGACCUCGGAUCUUACCAAUCUUUCGCUUCAUGCACCUUACAAUGGAGGUGAUGAUGUUAUACUUGGUGAUGGCUCAGGUCUACAGAUAUUACACACUGGUUAUUUUUCUUUACCUUCAUACAAACACCCAUUUUUCCUUAACAAUGUUCUCUAUGUUCCAUCACUUGAUAAAAAUCUUAUUUCGGUUUUCCAAUUAUGUUCAACUAACAAUGCUUCUGUUACAUUUACACCCACUUUUUUCAAGGUAAGGGAUUUGAUUACGGGGGCACUUCGUCUGGAAGGCAAGCCUAAAGAUGGCACUUAUGAGUGGCCACGACUCCGUUCUUCUAAACCACCAUCUCUUGCUUUUGCUUCGGCUAUUAAGACUUCUUUCUCUGACUGUCUCCAAGUUACCACUCUAACACCGGGUCCUUCUGCCUCUGUUCCAUUGGUCUCUAACACAACUCCAACACCGCAAGUUUCAACUCAGGCUGCAGUUGAACCACUUCCUCAGCCCUCUGUUCCUAUACCACCGUCUGAACAACCACAUAUAUCAGCUGCAGACGCUACUACUACUCAGCCAGAGAAUGAGAAAACCAUUUCUGUUUCAACAAGAACUUCUACAAGAGCUCGCAAACCGGUUCAGAAAUUAAAUCUUCAUACCACUAUCACUCCUCUUACCGAAACCAUCCCAACCUCAGUUAAGGAGGCUUUAAAAGAUCCUCGGUGGCGUCGAGCAAUGUAUGAGGAGAUUGAUGCUCAGCUCAAGAUCACACAUGGGAUGUUGUUGAUUUUUCAGGACACUUCAAUGUUGUGGGCUCUACGCAAAGUUGUCUACGAUUUAAAACAAGCUCCUCGAGCGUGGUACAAUGAGUUGAAAUCAUUCCUCCUUCAAUGGGGUUUCAGAAACUCUCUAGCUGCUGCAAGCUUGUUCAUCUACAGCAACAACGAGAUCCUCUUAUACAUGCUUGUAUACGUCGAUGACAUUAUUCUUACCGGGAACAACAAUGAUCACUUCAAACUCUUCAUUGAUCAACUCUCAACUCGCUUCUCUUUAAAAGACUUGGGCAAUCUUUCUUAUUUUCUAGGAAUGGAAGCUCUUCGUACUUCUAAAGGUUUAUUACUAACACAGUCUCGUUACUUUGCAGAUUUAUUGGAGAAAACAAAGAUGAUUGGUGCCAAGGCUGUAGUUACUCCCAUGUGUCCGAACAGCAGCUUAACACUCAAUAGUGGCUCACCUAUGGCAGAACCAACACAGUAUCGCACAGCAGUGGGAAGUUUACAAUAUCUUUCUCUCACUCGCCCUGAUAUCUCUUUCGCAGUCAACAAAUUAUCUCAGUUCAUGCACAGCCUACUGAAGAACACUGGCAAGCCGUUAAAAGACUUCUCUGAUAUCUCAGCGGAACACAAAACAAGGGCAUCUACUACUCUGCCAGCAACACACCAUCUCUACACGCAUAUACUGAUGCUGAUUGGGCCGGGAACAAGGGUGAUUACACAUCAACGUGAGCAUACAUUGUAUACUUUGGUCGCCAUCCCAUUGCCUGGUCUUCUAAGAAACAAACAGGUGUGGCACGAUCAUAUACGGAAGCUGAAUAUAGGUCACUUGCCUCUACGACAGCUCAGCUAUGUUGGAUUAUUUCUCUCAUGUCCGAACUUGGCCUCAAGACUACACAAACUUCAACAAUUUACUGUGACAAUAUCGGGGCAACAUAUCUGGCUGCAAAUCUUGUUUUCCACUCAAGAAUGA